AUGAUAGCUUGGAAUGCAGUGCAAGGGCUCAUCAUAAGACUUACAGGAACAAAUGCCUUGUCCAAUCAGAAAGGAACUCUCUUUAUAUAUACCGGUGCGGGGUGGGGGGGGCGGGGGGCAGGUUUAUCAUUUUUCCACCAGCUAGCUGCUUUCGGGAAAUCUGUCACAGCUCGUACUAAGCAGACCGCUCGCAAGUCCACCGGCGGCAAGGCCCCGCGCAAGCAGCUGGCCACCAAGGCGGCCCGGAAGAGCGCGCCGGCCACGGGCGGCGUGAAGAAGCCGCACCGCUACCGGCCCGGCACGGUGGCCCUGCGCGAGAUCCGCCGCUACCAGAAGUCCACGGAGCUGCUGAUCCGCAAGCUGCCGUUCCAGCGGCUGGUGCGCGAGAUCGCGCAGGAUUUCAAGACCGACCUGCGCUUCCAGAGCUCGGCCGUGAUGGCGCUGCAGGAGGCGUGCGAGGCCUACCUGGUGGGGCUCUUCGAGGACACCAACCUGUGUGCCAUCCACGCCAAGCGCGUCACCAUCAUGCCCAAGGACAUCCAGCUCGCCCGCCGCAUCCGCGGGGAGAGGGCGUAGAUUUGUGUCUCCCGAUUAAGUGCCAACCUCUGAAAAACCCAAAGGCUCUUUUCAGAGCCAACCACCUUUUCUGUGAAAGAUUCCUGUGAACUGGGACCUCCAUUCCGAGCGAAGAAAUAAAACCUCUCCUCCCAACCUCCGCCUCCGGCAAAAAUGGUGUUACAAGUUCUUUAAGAUUAAUUGGGUGGCUCUGAAAAGAGCCUUUAAGGUACUCAAGUCUUUUUUUUCUCUUACUUCUUUUUGGGGGCCGCCUUCUUUGGCUUGACCGCUUUAAGCUUGGCUACCUUGUGCUUAUGAAUUCUGGCCUUGGCUGGACUCUUGGCCAUCUUCGGUUUGGCUGUCUUCACCUUUUUCGGGCUCUUGACCACUUUCUUGGCCCCGGUACCUGCUAAUGGUUUUUUUGCCUUUGGGGUCUUCUUGGCGGUUUUUUUCGGACUGGCAACGCCUGUGGCCUUCCUGGGCUUCUUUGCCCCAGUAGCCUUCUUGGGGUUGGUCGCGCUCGCUUUC